AAUCUAUAAAUUCAACAGAAGUGCCACUCGCCUUCACCGAAUCCGAUUUCUCUCGCACGCGCCACCGCCUGCCACCGUAGCCACUACGCCAUCCAACAAAAACCCCAUACGCUCAACCAAAUCGAUAAGUUCAACUGCAAUUCGAAGAAUCCAAUGAACUCAACCACCUCACCUCACAACCAUGCACCUCCGAAUUCCCAUCCACAAGCUAACCAGCUGCAAGCAGACGACCGAGACAAAGAAGAUGAAUCCCGCCGCUUAUUGCCCCUAUCCGCCUCGCCGAAAUCCGACGCAGUUCCGAUUCAAACCGACAACGUCGACGACGAGGAGGCGGCGUACGAGGCGCGCCAGAAGAUCCUGAUCGCCGAUUUCGAAUUAGAUUCGCCCAAUUACUCGGGGGCGCCGCCGUUCUCGUUCAAGAAGCUGUGGAUGUUCACGGGUCCGGGUUUCCUGAUGAGCAUAGCGUUUCUAGAUCCGGGGAAUCUCGAGGGGGAUCUUCAGGCCGGCGCCAUUGCUGGCUACUCCUUGCUGUGGCUGCUGAUGUGGGCCACGGCGAUGGGGCUGCUGAUUCAGCUUCUGUCGGCGAGGCUAGGGGUGGCGACGGGCCGGCAUUUGGCCGAGCUCUGCCGCGAUGAGUAUCCGGACUGGGCGAGGAUUGUUCUGUGGUUCAUGGCGGAGGUGGCCUUGAUUGGGGCUGAUAUUCAGGAGGUGAUCGGAAGCGCCAUUGCUAUUCAGAUUUUGAGCCGAGGGUUUCUGCCUCUGUGGGCUGGUGUUCUAAUUACUGCUGCUGAUUGCUUUAUAUUUUUACUUCUUGAAAACUAUGGUGUGAGGAAGUUGGAAGCUGUGUUUGCAGUUCUUAUCACAACUAUGGGCCUAUCAUUUGCGUGGAUGUUUGCUGAUGCUAAGCCAAGCAGAAAGGAGCUUGUAAUAGGUCUUUUGGUUCCAAGGCUUAGUUCAAGAACAAUUCGGCAGGCUGUGGGAGUUGUGGGUUGUGUAAUAAUGCCUCACAAUGUCUUUUUGCACUCUGCUCUCGUACAAUCAAGGCAAAUUGACCCCGACAAGAAAGGGCAGGUCCAAGAGGCGCUCAACUAUUACUCUAUCGAGUCCUCAGCUGCCCUUUUCGUCUCCUUCUUGAUCAACUUAUGUGUGACAACCGUGUUUGCUAAGGGUUUCAGUGGAAGCAAACAAGCAGAAUAUAUAGGCCUAGUAAAUGCAGGACAGUAUCUAGAGGAGAAGUAUGGUGGAGGUCUUUUCCCAAUCCUCUACAUAUGGGGUAUUGGGUUAUUGGCAGCUGGGACGAGUAGUACAAUAACUGGGACUUAUGCUGGACAAUUUAUAAUGGGAGGUUUUCUCAAUCUCCGUUUAAAGAAGUCACUAAGGGCCUUGAUUACUCGAAGUUGUGCUAUUAUACCAACUAUAAUAGUGGCAUUGGUUUUUAACAAAUCAGAAUCAUCCCUAGAUAUACUGAAUGAGUGGCUCAAUGUACUACAGUCUAUACAGAUACCUUUUGCCCUCAUCCCUCUUCUCACCUUGGUGUCGAAGGAGCAGCUGAUGGGAGUAUUCAAGAUUGGAACUAUACUCGGGAGGGCUGCGUGGACGGUGGCUGGACUAGUGAUGGUGAUCAAUGGAUACCUUUUGCUCCACUUUUUCCUGUCCGAAGUCAAUGGUGUGUUGAUUGGAUUCCUCGUCUCUGCUGGCACUGCAGCGUAUGUUGCUUUCGUGGUAUAUCUCAUUUUACGUAGUGAUUGUGAGCUAUCUAACUGGCUAAGCCGAUUCAUUACCCAUACAUCUGCUUGUUGUGGAAAUUGAGCCAAUACUUAACUCCCUUCGGCUUCUGAGUUGAACCAUCGGUGGGGGGCGUUCCCCUCGGAGUCCGUCUAACUCAUUCGAGAUUUGGUUGAUUCCAAAUGCUAAAGUUUUGCAGCAUCUGUAUAUGUAUAUGAACAUUGGAAUAAUUUAGAGCAGAAGAAAGCUGAUGAUUUUCGGAAAAUGGGCAUAUUUGUGUAUGCCAGCAGCUAACGGUAGAUCGUGUUGUAAUCAUAAUUCCACCAAUAUUCAUUUGUACUUAAAUAAUCUCGCACUGGAUGUAAAUUAGUUCCCUUCUCUUCAUUCUUAUUCAAUAAUAUUUUAAAAAGUAUAUAUAUA